CCUGGAAUCUUGUUUGACCAACAUGCCCGCCAUUCGACGCGGGAGUACAUACCUCGAUGUCUCCACGACAGCACACACGCCUGAGGGGCGUCUGAAACUCGAUAAACUUCAUGCUGGUCGCAACCUUGCGUACCAGAAUGCUGUCUGUACCGCUUUGCUAUUCAUUUGCGAUGAAAAUCGCGACCUUGAUCCCGCGGAUACCUUAAGCGUAUCCUUUAAUGCUUUCCAGACUACAAUGAGAGGUCGGGCAAGCGCUGCUGAUAUGAAAAUGGGCUCUGGCAAGCAUCCUCACUUGCGGCGGCUGCUCUCAUUCUUUUGGGAGCAUGGGCAGAUUGACUUGACCUUUGCCCACAAUGGCCGUCAGCGGAACGUGGUCCAAGAGAUCGAUAUUCAACCAAGUUUCCGCGAAAUGCAAUCAUCAUUGUCACCUCGUGAAAAAUUCAGGGCAUAUAUGUCGCUUGCAACCAACUGGUUGCAAGCGGUGUCCGAUCCUUUCCAAAUACCUUUUGGAAAGGAUCGAACACCGACUGUGCUCGAGAGGGUCAAAACUACCAGGACAACCCCCAGCUAUAUGUUCUGUCUACGUUCUUUCUGCUCUCUGGCUCCAUAUAACACUCUUGGUGGAGGGUUUUCUGCUUGGUCUAUCAUUGAUCUGAAAAUCCUUGUAAUUUGGAAUGCGCUCUACAUUUGGAAGGCUCCUGCAGUGGUUCUCAAAGGCUAG